CGUAAACAAAACAUGUCGCUAAGACCGACCCAAGGAAGAGGUACGGAUAGCAACAGUCUUACGAAUAUCUUAAGAUGUUUCUUGAAUGUACGCUUGCGUAUCUAAAAAAAAACAAAACGCUGGAAAUGAACGGCCAAGCGGACGCCGAAGUCGACUACAAGCGAAAGUACAAGAAUCUCAAACGAAAACUGAAAUUUCUGGUUUAUGAACACGAAUGCUUCCAAGAGGAGCUGAGGAGGGCACAGAGAAAACUGCUCAAAGUGUCCCGGGACAAAAGCUUCCUUCUGGACCGACUGCUGCCGUAUGAGAGGGUGGAUGAAGACUCCUCAGAUUCCGACGCGACUGUGUCCUCGGACAACAGCGAGGGAGAAGUACUUCGGGAGAGGGAACGAGAACGGGAAGGAGCAAAGAAGCGAAGGAGUAACCCCGGCACGUGUCUACCGCCAUCACCCUCACCUCACCUCUCCCUGCUGUCCCGUCCAGGCGUACACCCGCUGCAGUCCUCCGCCUCCGGAACUUACCUCAACACUAUGCCCUUCCCACCUGAGUAUUUGGCUCCCCCUGCUGAACGAGUGAAGAAAGGGACGAAAACAAGGGCGCCCAAAAACAAGAGAGACGCAACUGGGAAGGUGGUCUCGCCCCUGACGGCCAGUUACCCAUCAGGCCCGGCGGCGGCUUCGGGUGCUGGCGGGCCCUUCAGCUGGGUCCCUCGACAGAUGCUCAGCGGAGACGCCGCUGAGGAGGACGGCGAGAGCGACGUGGACAGCGACAGAGGAGACGAAGACAGAGGCGAGGGGGAUGAGGCCGAGCUUGUCAUUGACAUACCUAACGAGUGAGCCUAACAAGUGGGUGUGUGCCUGAAUAUACAGUAUGUGUGUAAAUAUACAGUAAUCCCCAGCGAUUCGACCGAUGAGGACCGAGCCAAAAUGUUUAGAAUUUGUGCAUCUAACUCAUCUUAUAACGUUAAUCUUAAAAAUGAAUGUCUCUCAGAAGAUUUGAUUUUGGGGAAAAAACACCAUAAGUAUGUGUAAAUGCAGGUGUUAUUGACACUAUAACAACACAGGCUUUGACUUCCUGGGCAAAAAUUUGAGAUAACAGCCCUGUUUGGUGGCAGAGAAUAACUACUCACUUCACAACAAGCAGCAGUUGAGUGAACAAAGAUAGUGAACUAUUCGUCAUAAAAGAGCCUACAAGCCCUUUAUUGCCGCUCCCAGUUGAAAUUUUUCUUUCAAACCAAACUUAAAACAAAUAAUUACAAGUGUAUUUAACAACCAGACAGCUUUUUUACUGCGGCUAACUGAGUGACUGCAUAGACGUGUAUCCAUAUGUGUGUAUUAUGCUGCCCCCUGUGGCCAAGGCAUGCACACCAGUAGGAGCAGCGCAAUGUCCAUUGAACUGAAGCAAAAACUGUUCAAUUCUUUACAUUGUUUCUCAUUCACUGCCAUUGAUGGCUGUUGAAUUCAAAUAUCUAUGUUAACAUGGAGGACAAGCAGUGAAUGAGUUAUUUAAUGUCAUUGCAGUAUGUUUUUAUCAACUACAAUAAUAUAAAAUGCACUCUUAAAAAAAAAUUUUAGUGGGAGGCUGGAAUUGAUUUAAAAGCAUUUCCAUUCAUUUCAAUGGGAAAAGAUGAUUUGAGACAAAUUUGAGGCACGAGCGUGGUCAUGGAAGGAAUUGAACUUGUAUCCCAAGGCAUCGCUGCACUUUGACCAUUUUCUGUACAGUAAUGUACUACUGUCCAAUUUAGAUCAAUUAAUUAAUUUAGAAUGCUAACAGUUCACCACGAAUGUGUGGGGGAUUACUGUAUGUCAGUAUGUGAGAUGUGCCCCACUAAUUUAGUCCAUAAACUGUAUCAAACAGCCAUUUUCAAAGUUCAGUUACAAGGGCUCCCCCUUGUGGACUUCUGUCAAUUUGCAGCAUUACUUUUUAAACAACCUCUUACAGAAAGAAACAAGGCUGUGAACUUUUUAUUUUGAUAUUUUAUGUGCACCGAAAGCUGUUAAGACAGCGACAAGUUGACAUUGAUCGAAUUGUUUACAACACUUCAGACAUGGUUUAAUAAAUAGCCUUUGGGCCUCUAUUAAAAUAA